UCCCUUCCUCACUCCGUCUGCCUCCCUCCCAUCUGCAGGAGCAUCUUACAGGCUAAUCAGGUGGCGCUUUCCGUCCAGCCUCAGCAUCCACCGCCUUCCAGAAGAGGAGAGCCGACAGACGGUGUUGCUUCGUGCGAGGAGGUGUCCUGUGUGCGUGUUUUUCUCCCCCCCACUCCCUCUUCCACCUCUCCGGUAAAACAUGGUGGAAAUGUCGGAUAUGGUGUGCCUUCUCGCCCCGCUGCUGAUGGUCGCGGGGUCCACCUUGCAGGCGGACGUGAAGAGCGUCCGAGAAGCGGAGAAAUCCGGGAAUUUCAUGGAAGACGAGCAGUGGCUGUCCACCAUUUCACAGUACAGCCGCAAGAUCAAGCACUGGAAUCGCUUCAGAGACGAGGUUGAGGAUGAUUAUGUGCGAACCUGGGAUGAAAAUCAAGGCUCUAACGACAAUGUAGACACCACCAAGGACCCCUGUCAGAAGGUUAAGUGUAGCCGACACAAGGUGUGCAUCGCCCAGGGCUACCAGAGAGCUGUGUGCGUCAACCGCAAGAAGCUGGAGCACAGACUGAAGCAGCCCGCUCUGCGCUCUCCUGAUGGGAACUGUCAGCCAUGUCCCAUCUCCUCCACCGGGCCAGUGUGUGGAUCAGACGGACACAACUACGCCUCAAAGUGCAAGCUAGAGCAGCAGGCAUGUCUUACUGGGAAAGCUCUCACCCUGAAGUGUUCAGGUCUGUGUCCUUGCCCAACUGCGGCGCCUGCAUCCAGGGAGGGGAAACACGAGAGCUGCACCGGGCAGGAUCUGUCUGAUCUCGGCGAGCGUCUGAAGGACUGGUUCCAGCUCCUGCAGACCAACGCCAAGCAGAACAAUAACAGCAAGCAAGGGGCCAGAUCCCCAGCAGCCAGCACUACGUCAGUGCUGGACAGGAGCCUGGUCGCCAGCUGUAAGGACUCCAUAGGUUGGAUGUUCUCCAAGCUCGACACCAAUAACGACCUUUACCUGGAUCAGGCCGAGCUGGCUGCCAUCAACCUGGACAAAUACGAGAUCUGCAUCCGGCCAUAUUUCAACUCCUGCGACUCCUACAGGGAUGGAAAGGUUUCCACGGCUGAAUGGUGCCUCUGCUUCUGGAGGGAGAAGCCGCCCUGCCUAGCGGAACUGGAGAGGAUUCAAGUUCAGGACGGUGGAAAGAAAAAGUUUGGCCGAUUCAUCCCCAGCUGCAACGAGGACGGCUACUACAGGAAGCAGCAGUGCGACAGGGGCGAGUGCUGGUGCGUCGACCAAAACGGAGGAGAAGUCGCAGGGUCUAGGAUUCGCGGCAAGCCAGAUUGCGAUUCUGAAAUGACAUAUUCAGGGGAUUUUGGCAGCGCAGUUGGAUGGGAAGACGAGGAGGAGAAAGAAGCUGAGGAGACUGCAGAGGAGGCUGAGGAGGAGGAGGAAGAGGUGGGAGAGGUGGAUGACGGGGGGUAUAUCUGGUAAAAGGGUUAGCCCAACCUCUAUGUGGGAGCAUUUAACGGUCCCAAACACACACACACACACACACACACAUAUACACUGCUGAUGAUGGACGUGUUAAAGGCACUCCACUCAGAUUUAUAAGGGGUUAGAAAAACAUGAGGGAAUGUCGAGAUUUGGAAGGGGGUCAGACGCUAAUGGGAGUAUUUAUUGUUUCAGGGUGUUCUUAUCUUGGGAAACAGGAAAUGGGAGAUGUGAUUCAGAAAUUUUGGGCGUGGGAGUAAAAAAAAAAAGAGAAAAAAAUCUUGUCCUUUUAAUUGUGAUUCUUUGUUCUCCUUUGUUGUAUGUCCUUUGAACUAUCUACGAGCUGUUUUUAGCUGAUGUGUAAUGGAGAUUUUAAGAAGCUGCAGGUGUUUGCAUUAAAAAAAAAAUAUAUAUAUAUAUAUAUAUAUAUAUAUAUAUAUCCAGUUUGGGUGCAUUUCAAUAGUCUAGAGUGGUCUUCUUUAUCUUCUAUGUGUCCAGAUGGAAACCGGUUAUGGUUUUAGUUAGAAAUCUGCCCGUAAAGGAAAUGAAACCUGGUAGAGUAUUGAAAAGCGUCCUCUGGCCUUAUUGUUUUCACCUCAUACGCUUUGGCUCAUAUGUGACAGUAGUGCUCUGUCUCAUUCAUGACUUAUUAGGACAUUUCUCACACAUCACUCCUUAGCUUGUACAUAACGUGUGCAUCAGAAGACAGAAUGUCACCUGCUGGUCAAUGCCUUGAAAGACUGGCAGCUUUACAGCUUAGCUGACAAGUGUAUAUCGUAAUAUAAUGUGCAUCAGUUAUUGUGUUUAAUAAAAAAACAAAAAAACAUCAAAUAAAUCAUAUCUAUGUGGCUGAUCUGGUCACCGUG